AUGCUGAACCAGAUCAUUGUUACUGUGCCUUUUGUGGAGGCACUCGAGAAAAUUCCAGGGUAUGCCAAGUUCAUGAAAGACUUGGUCACCAAGAAGAAAAAUGUCAACUUUGAGACAGUCAAAGUGACACAUCAGUGCAGCGUAAUCAUUUCACAGGCCGGAGUGAAAAAGAUGGAGGAUCCGGGGGCAUUCGCUAUCCCUUGUACUAUUGGUGUAACAAGCUUCGCUAAGGCAUUGUGUGACUUGGGGGCAACCGACUUUUUGAUAUUGUACUGCGAAGUGGAUAGAGAGGUCCGCAUCAUACUUGUUAGACCAUUUUUGGCUACGGAGCGGGCCAUUUGUGAUGUGGAAGCGGGAGAACUGAAGUUCUGCUUGAAUGAUGAAGAAGAAAUCUUCCAUAUCCAGAAGUCAAUAAAGCAAUCACAUGGCUAUGGAGUGAUCUCUGUGAUUGAUAUCGUAGAUGAAAUAAUAGAUAAGGACAUGCAGGAAAUGUGUCAUGAUGAAUCCUUGAGAACGGUUGUCACGACCUAA